ACACCCCACCCAUUAGGCCCCCCGCCCCACCUUGGGGGGCGAAAUUACCAGAAAACCAGUUGAUUAAAAACGGUAAAUGAUUACCCGACUCUAUAACGGGUAAUCAUUUACCGAUCGUGUUUAAAACAUAUAAACACGACAGUUUGGGUUUUGAAACCCAUUAUUUCAAAACCCAAAUUUCCCUCCCUCAAUCGCAUCCUCUCUCAAAGCUCGGUUCCACCACUUCAAUCAUCUCAAGGUCGGUUCUAAUCAUCAUCAAAGCUCCCACAAAGACCCAUUCCAUUACAUUCAAAAGAUAGCGAGAAUGAAGGGCGGGAGGAAGAGGUCACGACAUGCUUCUACUAGUGAGGAUCCAGCGGAUCGACACGAGCGCUUGCAUGCUUCUACCAGGCGCGGCGACCAUAUUGCAGCCACUCAGGCGGUAGAGGCUUCAGCUCCGUCUCCAUCCCCAUCUGCUACUCCGGUCGAGGCUCCGUUAGCUACCCCGGCUCCAUCUGCUACUCCGGUCGGGGCUCCGUCAGCUACCCCCGCUCCGUCUGCUACUAGGGCUCCGGCUGAGCUGGACCCUGCUCCGUUGUCUCCGAUGGCUGAGUUACCUCGUCAGGAGACAUCUUCUUCUGAGCCUAGUGGCGAGGAGUCUUCUUCUUCUUCUGAGCUUAGUGGUGAGGAGGAGGAGCCUCUUAUUCUGCAGGAGGAGAUUGAUGCUGCUGAUGUUAUGCCAGAUGUGGUGCCAGAGGGCGGUGCAGAGGGCGGUGCGGAUGACGACCUCAUCCAGAGGGUGGCACCGUUUCCCGGGGGGCCUGAGGAUCUGUCGCUUCUUGCGCAUUAUCCUGACCACAAGGCUCCUUGGACGUGGCAGGCACUUCUUCGCACAGACCCGCGGUACGUGGACCGUCGGACAUUGAGGGUGGCCACUGUUGGGGGGAAGGUAUGGAACCUCCCCUGUGAUGGCGAUUCAGAGGCCCACACAUAUGUGCGACAGCUGCUGCAGCAGACGGGUUUGUAUCACCUGCCUUGGUGCGGGUUACCGGAGACAGACCCAGCUGUCGUACUGGCCCUUGUUGAGAGAUGGCAUGAGGAGACGAGUAGCUUCCACAUGCCGUUCGGGGAGAUGACUAUCACCCUGGACGAUGUGUCUGCUCUUCUCCAUCUUCCCACAGGGUCGAGGUUCUACACUCCAGGCAGAGGGGAGCGAGACGAGGUUGCAGCGCUCUGCGCCCAGCUCCUGGGAGGAUCUGUUGCUGCUUAUCUGGCUGAGUUUGAGGCGGCGGGUGGCCAGAACAUUCGGUUCAUUACUCUGAAGACCAUGUACACGUCUGCUAUGGAUGGGGGACGCUAUGAGGAUGCUGCUAGGAUCUGGCUGGUGAACCAGCUUGGUGCCACCCUCUUUGCCAGCAAGAGUGGUGGUUACCACACUACUGUCUACUGGAUCGGGAUGCUUGAGGACCUCGGUCGCGUGUCGGAGUACGCGUGGGGUGCGAUUGCGCUGGCUUCGUUGUACGAACAGCUGAGUCGUGCAUCCCGCAGGAAGACAGCGCAGAUCGGUGGGUUCACCUCCCUCGUGUUGUCAUGGGCGUAUGAGUACAUAUCCAGCAGCGUCAUUAUCAGGACGGAGGUCCCCGGCUACACACAGGACCAGCCUAGGGCGCAACGGUGGUCCACGUCUCGGAUCGCGCAUUCCGGACUCGAUGAGAGACGAGUCAUGCUCGAUGAGCUUACAGUGGAUGAUAUCACAUGGACCCCUUUUGAGGACCAUCGAGAUGUUCGACCGCGGGAUCCCAGGGCCCUCUAUUCCGUCUACAUCCGGACACCUUACGGCCGGUCUGUGAGCCGACAUCUACCAGAGCGGGUUAUGCGCCAGUUUGGCUUCAUACAGGACAUCCCUCGACACCCCUCUGAGAUCCAGACGACGGGGUCCCUUGCUGAGACCACAGAUGCUGCCUAUGCUGAGUUUGAGCCGCACCUCCGCCCUCAGGGGAUACCUGCUACAUAUCCGGGAGAGGCGGUGGAGGGUUACAUGAGGUGGUAUAGCAGAGUGUCACAUGUGUUCAUCAUCCCUGAGGAUAGGAGGGAGGAGCUUAGUGCCGUGUCUGCCAUACGUAGGGGUGUGGAGUUGUUGGAGCAGUCCCUGGAGGUGCCAGGUGCUCUUGCUCCAGGGACACAACCCCGGAUCCUCACGGAGAGGGCGCUCGAUCUCUUUCGACGGAGUUCCUUCGUUGGUACCCAGGGAGUUGCCUUUUCUGCUAUUCGAGGAGCCGCAGCUGCGGGAGGCAGAGCUCGUGGAGGCAGAGCUCGUGGAGGCAGACCCCGUGGAGGUGGAGGCGGAGCUCGUGGAGGCAGAGCUCGUGGAGAGGGUGAUCUUGGAGAGGGUGUUCGUGGAGGUCGAGCUCGUGGACCCAGAGGUCGCAGGGGGCGGGGUCGGGGAGAGUGAUUUUAUUACACUUGUUAUGUGGGAUCCAUUAUUAUGUAUAUGUUAGGACUUUUUAUGUUAUGUUAUGACUCUUGCCUCGUUUUAUUUACAUGUGUUAUAUUUUUAGUCUUAA